CCUCCCGUUCCCAAGCGACUCGCAAAGUUCUGCCCUUUUUACCACCCUCUUUCUCAUCCCCUCCUUCCCUCACAAACCCAUCUUUCAUUUCCUCUAUCUCUCUAGCUUUCGAUCUUCAAUCCUUCUUCCAUGACUCUGGUUUUACUAGGUGGUGGUGGCGGUGGCAAUGGUGGCUCUUCCGCUACCCCAAAUGAGCCUGCUGUGUCAAAUGCUAAGUUUCUAGGCCAAGAAUGUUCAUCCUCGUACAAAGGCGAGGCUGAACUUGAACUGGGUUUGGGUCUGAGCCUUGGUGGUCGAGGUGGUGCUGCUGCUGCUGGGAAGGCCAAGCCUUCUUCUGCAUGGGGUGAGUGUGGUCGUAUUUUGACUGCUAAAGACUUCCCUUCUGGGGUCUCUCAUGGACCUGCUGUUGCUGCUUCUCGUUUCUCAGACAGAGUCAGUACUGUGGGUGGUUCUGUUUCUGGCACUAAGAGAGCUGCUGACUCUGUCUCUCAUGACGCUGGAUCUCCUACUGCUGGCAGUCAAGUUGUUGGGUGGCCACCCAUCAGGGCAUAUAGGAUGAACAGCUUGAUUAACCAAGCAAAAGCUCAAAGGGCUGAAGAAGAUAAAUCCAGCAGCGAUAAGAGUAAUCCAGAUGAUGUUUCAGUUGCUAAAAAUGGCACCGUCACCAAUACUGAAAAAAACCAUCUUGGAUUUGUGAAGGUGAAUAUGGAUGGAAUUCGCAUUGGCAGAAAGGUAGACUUGAAUUCUCAUUCAAGCUAUGAGACUUUAGCUCAGACACUGGAAGAAAUGUUUUUCAGGCCUGCUAAAUCAGCUGGUAGCGAGAAAGACCCUGGACUGAAAGCCUCUAAGCUUUUGGACGAAACGUCUGAAUUUGUGCUGACAUAUGAAGAUAAAGAGGGUGAUUGGAUGCUUGUGGGAGAUGUUCCCUGGAGGAUGUUCCUCAGCUCAGUGAGAAGGCUCCGAAUCAUGAGAACGUCUGAGGCCAAUGGACUUGCUCCUAGAUAUCAAGAGAAAAAUGAGAGGCUAAGGAUCAAACCCAUUUAGAAUCUUUUCAAUUGUUCGUUCCAAGACCCCGCAAGUUAUAGAAAAAUCCUCAGUUUGACAACAGUUGCUACUACAUGAAAGUAGAGAAGAUUGGUCUUCCAAUGGUUUUCAGUUUGUUUAUUUGUUUUCUGCAAGGUUUUGACCAUUCUAUGGUUCUUGUUGUGUCUUGAUUUUGUUUUUCCUUAAUAGAGAACCUCGGUUCUAUCCCACAGAUCCUUACAUCAUACAAGCCUGCAUACUUGACUGAAGGCUGUUUUUAUUUCUUCACACUGUAAAUACUGGAGUACUUAAUAUCUAGAGUGUCAAGUUUGCUGCAAUGUACUAGAUUGAGCUUUUACAUAUGGUGUCAGAAAAGGGGGAAAAAGAAGUACGUGUUAUCUCCAUUGUCGUUUUAAUUUGCAGUUGCUGAGUUGGUUUGGUCGUUUCAAAUAUAUAUUGUACUCCAUCCUUGUGUGGCUUGAGAUAAUCUCCACAAUCUAUGUUUAUGAAUGGAUCAACCUCCACCACAACUUAAUCU